AUGCGAUACGAAAACUGGGAUGUCCUCCUCUUUCCGGGGGACUCCAAGACCCCGAUCCAGGAGUUCAAGACGCAGUGCUCCGUGAUCCAAGGCAGAGAUUCGCCCUACCUCAACGAUAUGGGACCCGUUCUGGGCCCGCAGUCUUUCACGAUGCCGCCAGGAACCCAGACCUUGCUUCCAGUCCUUGGUAGCUACGUCCCGAGUUUACAGGAGGGUGUCCCGUUCCGAGCAUCUAUUCAUAACUGGGACCAGCCUGUACCCAGCCGGUUGAUGGAUAGCCUGAUGCAGCCUGAUGAUGCGUUGUUGUAUCAUGCUCAGGUCUAUAUCGAUGGGAUUCCGGCUUCGGGAUGUGUCUUUGGUCAGAGGACUACCUGGCCUCAUGUUAUUGACUUAAGCCCCAAAAUCGACAAGAAUGGUGACCAAGAACUCCUUCGCUUUCCGCCAUUCCAUGAAGAGAUACUACAACAAAAGUUGUCGAGCGCGGCCGACUUUUUCGGUAAAAUCGUCAUUGUGAUUGCAGAAGGCUUCGCUCGUCCUCAUCGUUCUCCUCCAAUCGAACGGGUCAGGGAUGUCAUCGCGUUCUCGUUUCAGCAUGGCCCUUUGCAAAUCUUGGAACUUGCCAACAUUGCCUGGCCGAAUGCUUCCAUGUGGAUGCAUGCGCAGCAACAACCUUUCCAAUACAAUUCGGGUCGCACCUCACUCAAUGACCUGAAAGAAUCAAAGGACGCUCAUACCCACUCGCCGUCAAAAUACCGCCGAGCAGCCGCACUUUCGGGCGCUCAUGUUCAAUCUCCGCCUCCUUUUUACGGCACUCUGUCGCCCAAGGCCUUCCAGUUGCCUUCGAACCAGUGGUCGUCCGACACUCCGCGGGAGGCCAUAUGGGUUCGCCAAGAGCCGCAAGCCGUGGGAGAUCCCUUUGGGGAUGCGUAUAUCAUUGAUCAUCAUCGAGGGCCAGGAUCAUCCCAGAGUGAUAUCACUAUGCCUGACUACCAAUCAAGCUCCAGCGGCGGCAGUCGCGCUACUUCCGGAUAUAGCGGCGUCAGCUACGAACACAGCAAGCAGCCUAGUAUUGCUGGUAUGCUUAACGAAGACCAAUAUAGCCGGGUUUUCCGGAAUUUCACUCCGCCAAGGGAGUCGCUUUCCACCCCCAACUUUGCGCCUAUUGGCUACAAUCCCUCUACGGCAGGAUUACGCCAGGUUCAAAGUGCAAGUCGUCAACUGCCAUCAGUGAUGAAGAACGUGUCACUGUCUGGAAUCAGGGAUAUAUCAGGACACAGCAAUAAAUCCCUCGCCACCGAUCCCUUCCGGUCUGCUGCCGGAUCAGAGGCUACAGAGCAGUUCUACGCCAGCCCUGAGGUACAGUCCAAAACCAAACAGUCAAGUUUGGUCCAGAGCGAGCAAGAUAAUUUCGAGACUCCCCGUAAGGGAUGUGACAGAAUUGAACAAACCCCGACGAAGACACCUUUGCAUGCUAGUGCGAGUCUUGAAUCCGUCCUGUGA